CACAAAACACUUGCCUUCUUCCUUCUUUCUCCUUUAUAUUAUGCAACUUUGAAUUGGUACUGAAUAUCUUGAUCAGAUCAACUUAAAUUCUGUUUGUGUAACAACCCCAGUACACUGCUAAGUGCUAACAGGUCGACAUGGCAGCAGAGAUUGAGUCAAUGUUUAAAUCCACCCAAGAACUGGCCAUCAGCAGUAAAAUGCCACUGGAAAAAUACAUCCAAAAAGGAAGUGAUAAUGGAAACUUAAAUGCUUCUGUUCCGAUGAUAGAGGUUCCUAUUAUUGAUAUUGGUCUUCUCCAAUCUCCAUUAACCAGAACAGAGGAGCUUCACAAACUCAGAUCAGCUCUUAGCUCUUGGGGUUUCCUUCAGGUAAUAAAUCAUGGAAUGACAAUCAAUGGUUUAGGGUUCCUAUCAUUCCUGAUGCUCUUUUUGUUAAUGCUGGCGAUCAAGCUGAGAUAAUGAGCAAUGGAAUAUUCAAGAGCGGAGUACACAGGGUGGUGACGAACACAGAAAGGGAGAGGAUUAGUAUAGCUAUAUUCUGAUUCAGAGAAAGAGAUCAAACCAGCUGAUGGGCUAAUCGAUGAAACCAGGCCAAGAUUAUAUAAAACAGUGAAAGGGUAUGUUGGUCUUUUCUCUGAAUA